AUGGUUGGAUUACAAGAAAAUAACCUUGUAGAACAGGGAGCCCCUAAGAGAGAUGAUAAUACAAAUUAUAUUUUGGCUAAAAUGGAUAUAGAAUUUGAUAUAACGGUAACAGUUCGUUAUUUAGACAAGGUAAAGAAGGGAAAAACUGCUGAAGAAAUAAGAAAAAUUAUAGAAGAUCAUAAAGCUAUUGUUGAAGAAAUUGUUGAAACUGAGAAACAUGAACAUACAAGAUAUAAGUCAUUUUUACAUGACGAUGUGGCAUAUAGAGUAGCUGAUCGCCUUAGUGACUAUUGUUAUGAUGAACCACUAACUGAAACAUAUUGCGCAAAAAUUAUUAAAGCUUUUUGGAUAGAGAAAGAUGUAAUUUUAAAGUAUUUUAAGGAAGUGUUACCAAAUAAAGGUGAUUUAGAAAGAAGACUAUUAAUGAGUAAUUUAACUUUAAUAAAAUCAUAUGUUAUUAAAGAAGCAGAAGCUGCGAAGAUUGAUUUGUCCGAACGAAAAUUACAUAGUAUAUCAGUGAGAUUGAGUAAGUUUAUGUUCUUUACGAGUGCAUUGAAUAUUAUACCAUCGAAAGACCUUCCUUUACAUCCUGAUGACGAUAAUCCACCACCUCAUAAUUAA